UGGGCGGGGUGCGCAGUGAUGGGUGUGUGUCUGGGGCGGGGCCCGGCCGGUCUUAGAAGGUGGCGAUUUUCCCGGGCCCUUGGCUCCUACGCGCAAGUGGAGGCCCAGCCGGCUUGGGGCCUCGGGCUCCAGCGUCCGGAAAUGGCAGCAGGCAGCAGGAUGGAGGACGGCUCCUUGGAUGUCACCCAGAGUGUUGAAGAUGACCCACUUCUGGAUGCCCCGCUUUUGCCACAUCACUCACUACAUGCUCACUUCAGACCCAGGUUCCAUCCUCUCCCUACAGUCCUCGUAGUCAGUCUUCUGCUCUUCACACAUGUUGUAUUUGUUAUUUUAGCAUUUUUAACAGGUGUGUUCUGUUCUUACCCUGAUCCAAAUGAGGACAAGUGUCCAGGAAAUUACACUGACCCACUGAAAGUUCAGACGGUCAUCAUCCUGGGAAAGGUCACUUUGUGGGUUCUCCAUUUACUGCUUGAACGCUACAUCCAGUAUCACCACAGCAAAGUCAGAAAACAAGGCUAUAACCUGAUCUACCUGUCCACGCGGCACCUUAAGAGACUUGCACUCUUGAUACACUCCACUGGCAACAUGGUGCUUCUGCUCAUCCUGUGUGUGCAACACUCCUUUCCCGAGCCCAGCAGAUUGUACCUGGACCUCAUUUUUGCCGUCCUGGCCCUGGAACUGAUCUGUUCCUUUGUGUGUCUGCUCAUUUACACAGUGAAAAUCCAAAAAUUUAAUAAAGCCAAACCACAACCUGAUGUACUUGAAGAAGGAAAAAUUUAUGCUUACCCUAGCAGUAUUACCUCAGAGACUGGAUUCAGCACUAUUUCAAGCCUGGAAGAAAUUGUUGAAAAGCAAGGAGACAUAAUAGUGUAUCUGAAGCGACACAAUGCCCUGUUGAGUAAGCGAUUGUUGGCUCUCUCUUCCUCGGACCUGGGCUGUCAGCCAAGUAAGACGUGAGAGGCUUACGGUCACUACAGCAACUGCAGAGGAAUCCAGAGUAACUUAGGAUCAACUGACGAGGCACCACAGCGAAUUGUGGCUUUCACCAAGAAACAUUUACAAUUUUGGUUGGAAACCCGAAUUUGGUUCCCCCCUCUGUGGCUGUGUAAUAUAUGGGGCUCCUGGGUCUUUUGAAAGGUGCUUUGUAGAUGCCUUGGUAACUGGAGAAUGUCUGCUCUGCACCUUUGGAAGUCAUUUAACUGCAUUGUUUGUCUUAGGAUCACAGGUAGAGUUUAAGGUCCAUGGUCUGCACUUUUUCCACAUGACGUUUAAAACCCUGAAAUAAUUUGGCUUCUUACAGAAGUAGGACCAGUCUACUUCAAUCAAGUAAGUUCUUCCCACUUUUGAGCUGACAAGAGAAGAGCUUAUUUCCUGGGAUUGAUGUCAUUUUCCUGCACUGUCUUAUCCAGUAUUGGAUGCACUCACGUGGUGUUGGGUGACAGUGUGGGCCUUGUGGCUUUUAGAGAAUUUCUAACUAUAGAACCAAGGUCUCACUAGUUGAUUUACUAUGCAGACUCCUACAGUUUUCUAUUCCUCAGAAAUAAGAUACGAAAAUUCCUUGGACCAGUAUUAGACUGCCCUGUGUUCCUCAUCUUGGCAGUACCUUCUGUUAGCAAUAGCUGAAAAAUUUAGAGAAUUUAGACUGUCGCUUUAUUUUUGCCCUUCAAGAAGUUGACGUAUGAUUCAGUAUUGAUUAUACCUUCAUUGAAUCAGUAAGUUCUCUUACACAAAAGGAAUCUUCUGUGAUUUUAAAUUAGUCUAAAAAGAAGAAUAGAAUCCUCUUUAGUCUUGGACUAUACUUAAAAAUUGUGAUGGGAGGGUGGCGCCUGUGGCUCAAAGGGGUAGGGUGCCGGCCCCCUAUGCCAGAGGUGGUGGGUUCAAACCCAGCCCCAGCCAAA